AUGCCACAUCCUGUCUCACCCGAAAGCGCCAAAUGCAUGACUAUACAUUCCGCGGAAUCGGACAAGAUAAAGCCCACUGAGACAGCUCGAGAUAAUACCCCCAGACUAGGCCAAAACAAACCUCGGGUCGCUGACGAGAAGGUGUUCACCAAUAAGACAAUUCUCCUGAUAGCAUCCGUCUUUUUGAGCAUGUUUCUCGUCGCGGUAGACAGAACCAUCAUCUCUACAGCAAUUCCCGUUAUCACCGACGAAUUUAACUCCCUCUCGGACAUCGGCUGGUACGGAAGCAUGUAUCUCAUAACAUGUUGCGCGUUCCAGCUAUUGUUUGGAAAACUCUACAGUUUCUACUCGGUCAAAGUGGUCUUGAUUACGAGCAUUGUCGUCUUUGAGGUAGCCUCGGCGAUUUGCGGAGCUGCUUCUAAUUCACCAACCUUUAUUACCGGCCGAGCAAUCACCGGAGUAGGCACAGCAGGCAUCUUCGGUGGAACAAUUAUGUCCAUUGUUCACGCGGUGCCCCUGCAAAAGCGUCCCAAGGUACAAAGCCUCAUGGGCGCCAUCAUGGGCAUGGCAACAGUUGUCGGUCCAUUAAUCGGCGGUGGCUUAACCUCAAACGUCUCGUGGAGGUGGUGCUUCUAUAUCAAUCUUCCUUUGGAUAAGUUGUCGCAACUUGAUAUCCCUGGCACAAUUGUCCUGGUCCCUGGAGUGAUUUGCCUUCUGUUGGCCCUCCAAUGGGGUGGUCAGACAUACGCUUGGAGUAGUGCACGCAUUAUCGCAUUACUGACUCUCAUGGCGGUCUUGCUGGUGGCAUUCAUUACUAUCCAGAUCUUCCUCCCGAAAACAGCUACAAUCCCUCCAAGCAUCCUCAAGUAUCGGAGCGUGGCUGCUAGUGUCUGGUCGACAAUCUUCAUCGGCUCUUCCCAAUAUAUCUUCGAGCCAAACAGUAAUAAAGGAUAUGUAAUGUACUACCUCCCAAUCUGGUUUAAAUCUAUCAAGGGCGUUGCUGCUGUGGAAUCCGGAAUCAGACUCCUGCCUCAGAUGAUCGCCUUCGUUCUCGCGUCUAUCUCAGGGGGUUUCCUCAACCAGAAGAUUGGAUACUACACGCCGCUAGGAAUCGCUGGAGCUUCCAUGAUGUCCAUCGGAGCUGGGCUUCUUACCACAUUACAGAUCAACACAACCGCAGGAAAGUGGAUCGGGUAUGAAAUCCUGUACGGAUAUGGUAUGGGACUCUGUUUCCAAACCCCGAAUCUCGCUACCCAGACCGUUCUGCCGAAAUCGGAGGUGCCGAUGGGGAUGGUGCUGAUGUUCUUUAGUCAACUUUUGGGAGCUGCAGUAUUCGUCUCCGUCGGGGAGAACGUAUUGGCUAAUCAGCUUCUCCAGCGGCUGGCUGACAUCCCAGGUUUCAAUAAAAAGUUGGUCACGGCAGGUGGUGCGACCUUCCUGGUGCGUUCGGUACCUGCCGAUGCUAAAGAAAAAGUCCUCACAGCCUACAAUGAGGCGUUGCGGAAGGUAUUCCAAAUUGGCUUGAUUGUGUCGUGUCUUGCUGUCCUCGGGACAGUGAGUAUGGAGUGGAAGAGCAUCCUUAAGAAGCCGCAGGCUGAUGUCGAUGGUAAGAAGGGUGGCGCUGGGGACCCCUCGAACGCUCAGAGCUCCGAGGGUAAUGGAGCGCGCCCACAGAAAGAAAGAAGAAGAGGCGGAAAAGAAGGAGGGAGAGACCGCUUGAAAUAG